AAUGGGCAAUAUUGCAAAUGUUCCACUAAACUUAUUUCAUGUCCCCGGGUUUGCACCAUCUAUUUCUGAUUUGUAAUACAAGACACCCAGGGUUUGCAUCAUGAUUGAACCUGCUGUUUAAGGCCAAAAUAAUUCACUCAUAUCCCAAGUGUAACUACGAUUCGAGAGUAAGUUUCACUUUCGUUUCCAGUUUGUAUUUUAAUUCGGUUUACAGAAACUCGGAAAACAAACGAGUUGAUUCAUUUCUUGUCUUCCCUUCUGUAAAGCUGCAAUACUUGUUCAAACUUUGAACCCCGCCCCCUUGUUUCAUUUACUCUGUUUCACUGCGAGGCCGGUGUUGUUCAUUUCAGUUGGUGGUAAUUCAAAAAAAAAACAAAAAGCAUCGAAAUGCCCAAGAAAUUUCGCCUGAGAGAUUUGCGUGAGGUGGGGCUGAAGUUUAUGGGAUUCCUAAAGGAUACGAAGCAAGAAGAAGUGACCGACUUGGAGGCCAUUAAAAAUAUUUACAAUUCCCAAUUCCGUGGCAGUGGAAAAAGGUGGAGUAUGCUGACCAGUAUCGUAAUCCUGCAAGCAAUCUGGGAACACCAUUGCCUCCAGCCCCUGUCCAGGAACCUGGGAAGAGGGUCCGUGCCAAAGCCAUCAUUCAUCAGCUGAAACAGAACAGGAAACAGAUGAUCCAGAAUAAAGGUGGUGUGAGUGUGUAUUCAGACUUCGAUAUCGGUGAGGGCAAAAUCAGGGUUUCCCUCAACCCCAACGACCAGAAACAAGUCCCCAUUAACGUCAAGAACGAAGGGAAUGAGACAGUGACUUUCGUACGGUGCGAGAUGCUUCGCAAGCUCCGAGUGUUCACCCUGAGGGAUGAGGCAAACGUGACCAGUUCCCAACCAUUCUCCUUGGCAGCAGGAGCAACCCACCAGAUUGAAGUUAUCUGCCCAAUGGCUGACUCUGGUUAUUUCCCGGUUACCCUCGUCUUUCAGUUCAAAGAUGCGAACUCAAAGCCCUUCAACAUUAUUCGCUUCUUCUCAGCUCGGGUAACGAGCAGCUUGACUGAAGAGUUGAAACCAACUGCCCCCUACAAACCUUACCACGGUUCCAUUCGACGUCGGACAGACGCGAUUAUUGAAGAGGGAUUACCGCCAUGCAGCUGUUCCAACUACUUUCUGGAAAAAGAAAUCCCUCUGCUGUUUUAUUGUUAUCCUGACGUAUUGUUAACAGCUCUCAAGGAAGGACUGAAACAGAACAGCAGUCGUCCUGAUGUGAGCAGCGAGAUACAAAGGAUUAAGUAAG